AAUUCAUUUUUAUUAUCUAAGGAACUAAAAGUUUAAAUAUUUUAAUAAAACAUUUUUUGUUUUGUAAGGUGAGUAGUAUAAAUUUAUAAUGGAUUAGAGAUAAGAUUUCACUAAAUCGAAAUUUCGAGGAAAGACCGGACUUACCUAGACGUUUCAAAAUCAAUUUCUUUCAUUUUGAAAUGAUUCCAAAGAAGGUUCCCUUUCUAAAUUUUAAUGUGCUUUUAGGGAUGAUUUUUCGGGGAUUCCAACUUCAACUUUAAGUUGAGUGAAAAACAAGCCAUUCCAAAAUCCAAACGAGCGAUCAAUAUUAAUCAUAAAACAUGAAUCUCCCCUUUUAGACCUAACUCAGAUUUGGGAACGAUGGAAUUCCCAUUUGGGCAUCACCAUCACACCCAUCAUCACAGGCCUGAAUAUGGCGCAGGCGAAGAAGAAGAGUACCUGCAGCCCCCACCCCCACCGCCUCUUAUUCAUCCUCCGCCACCACCGCCAGCAUAUUUUCAUGGAGAAGAUGAACCACCACCGCCAGCAUAUUUUUAUGGAGAAGAUGAACCACCACCGCCGCGGGCACAAGUGCAUCACAUUUCCCAUGCUGAUCCACCGCGACCACCGCCUUCAUCGCACGUGCAUCAUAUUUCACAUGUAGAAGAUCAAGGCUUUGGCCGCGAAAAUUACACGCACGAAGGGCCUCCUUAUGCUCGACCGCCGCCUGUUUCCUAUUCCGCCUCUGCUCCUGUCCGGCAUGUCUCUCACCAUUUGAACCCUCAGCAGCCUCAGGGUACUGAACAGGUUGAAACCCAUCAUCUUCAUCAUUUGCCAGGUUUCCUUCAUCAUCACAACGAAGCCCACGGGGUGGGUUCUAACCUGUCCAAUAAACCCACUGUGAGGGUUUUCUGCAAGGCCAAGCCUAAUCACUCCCUUACCAUCCUAGAUGGGAAGGUCUAUCUGGCGCCAUCCAACAAAACCGACAUGCUCCAACACUGGAUCAAAGAUGAGAAAUACAGCACGAGUGUGAAGGACGAAGAGGGAUUUCCAAGCUUUGCUUUGGUUAAUAAAGCCACCGGUCAGGCAAUGAAACAUUCAAUUGGGGCUUCUCAUCCUGUGCAGCUGAUCCCUUACAAUCCAGAUGUCCUUGAUGAGUCUGUUCUAUGGACUGAAAGCAAGGACUUGGGAGAUAAUUUCAGAAGUAUCAGGAUGAUCAAUAACAUUCACUUGAAUGUUGAUGCUUUACAUGGGGAUAGGAGCCAUGGAAGUGUCCAUGACUGUACUACUAUUGUGCUCAACAAGUGGAAGAAAGGAGAUAACCAGCUAUGGAAAAUCAGCCUCUACUGUAAGUCUUCUAAUAUAUGAAGGGGGUUUUAGUUUUGUCUCUUAAUAUUCUCCAAACAUAUCAGAUCUUUCAUAGUCUCUCCCAAAUCAGACAGCCUAGAAAAAUAGAAAUUUAAAAAGAAUUAAAUAAAAACAGACCUUGAUUAUCACCAUAGUUUGAGAAGUUGAAAACCCCUUUCCCUCUCAACUGACACAAUCUAUUCCACUGUCUCUAAAUCUUUCCUUGUGUGAAUGUUAAAUGCAGGAUAUUCUUGUGAUGGAGUCACCGUAUCUAGAUGCCUGUGUUUGCAUAAAUAUGGACUGAGGGAAGAAAUGUGGGUUGUUAUCUUCAUGUAUAAUUUCUGUUUUCAUGAUCAGUAUGUGUGAAAAUCAUGUUGUUGCUCUAUACAGACAUGUCCUGUUGCUUUAUCUUGAUCACUUUCUAUAUCCUCCAAUAUAUAUUCAGUUUGAUGUUGAA